AUGAGAUUUAACGUUCUUCCCACCACUCUAGCCUUUGGCUUGGUCACUGCUAGAGCUCACUAUCACCAACAUGAUGCCGUCAAUGACACUGAAGGUGUUUGGAUAGCACCUACAGAUACCGACUUCCGCGGUCCAUGUCCCAUGAUGAACACAUUAGCAAAUCACGGGUUCCUCCCCCGCGAUGGCAGGAAUCUCACGGAAUACAACGUUGUCAAGGGUCUCAACGAUGGUCUCAACUUUAACAAAUCGCUUGCAACAAUCAUGUUUCAGCAAGCCAUACCAGUCAGCCCAGCUUACCCCAAUACCACCUCCUUCACUCUCGACGAUCUGAACCGUCACAAUGUCCUCGAACACGACGGAAGUAUUAGUCGUUCCGACGCCUACUUUGGCAACAACCACGUCUUCAACCAAACCAUCUUCGACACCACAAAAGUAUACUGGCCCUCUGAGGUCCUCACCGGUCAGCAUCUCGUCGACGGUAAACUCUUCCGACAAAUCGUUUCUCGCUCCACAAACCCCAACUUUACAUUCAGCACCACGACGGAAGCAUUCAGUCUUGGAGAGAUGGCAGCGCCAGUUGUCGCUUUUGGUGAUAAAUUUGCAGUCACAGCGAAUAGAACUUUGGUUGAGAGUUGGAUUGAAAAUGAACGAUUGCCCACUGAAUUGGGAUGGAGUAAACCAGUCGAGGAGGUUUCUUUGGAGGAUAUCUCAUAUGUGACACAGUAUCUUGGCAACCUUACUACGGUCCAGAGCGAUAUUGUUCUUACACCGAAAGAUCAGGCCACAAGUGCCCAUGCUAAACGUAUGGGUCAUUGGGGUAUCUCCAUGUAG